AUGAAUCCGCUGGUCAGAACAGAAACUCAAUUGUUUCUGGAAUGUUCAUUGCGUGGCUUUAUAGAUUGGCUUCAAAUCACAUCUCUAAAAUUGAAUUUAUUUUUUUCUCCUGAUCGUGUAUUUGGACUAAUUGAACGAAAAGUAAAAAAAAAAUACCCUGCAAUUGCAAAUCCAGAAGAAUAUUUCAAAAUAAUUAAAGAAUUUGCCAGUGUCCUGGUUUUAGGAAAAAACUGGGAUUAUUUUAAUUGGAUGAAAGUAACUACGUCAGUGCUUAAACCUCCAACUAACUGGUAUUUUCAGUUUAACUGUGCCAAAAGAUUUAUUUUGGAAAGAUAG